AUGGGCAACCAGCUCGGACCGGGGUGCCACCCAUUGACGGUCUUCCACUCCAUUAUAAUCACAGGCUGCUACCAGAUCAAUGCCCCCAGCAACUUGCAAGCAAGUCGGAGUCGGAGUGUGAUAUUCGAGUCACCCAUAUUCGAGUCACCCUUAUUCGAGUCACCCUUAUUCGAGUCACCCUUAUUCGAGUCACCCUUAUUCGAGUCACCCUUAUUCGAGUCACCCUUAUUCGAGUCACCCUUAUUCGAGUCACCCUUAUUCGAGUCACCCUUAUUCAAAUGGUUCGAAUUAUUCCAAAUAUUCAGGGCAGCUAAACUUCUUCGGGUCAAUUCUGAUGCUGCCAUAAGAAGAGCUUAA